AUGGAGUCACUGCCACUGAGCAUAGUUGGACGAAUAGCGUCAUGCUUGGAGAGCAAUGCAGAUAGAGUGCUCCUCACUAUAGUAUGCAAGCGAUUCUUUGACCACCGAGAGAGCUAUCUCAGAUUGAACGCGGACGCACUGCCUGGCACAUACGCCUACCGCCAACAUGGCACAAUGCUUGGUUCGUACAGAGGCAUCAUCGACCAGCAUAUCGUCAACGCCAAGAUGUACACGGUGCGAGUUCACUCGACCUACACCCGAUUCCAACCGCCCGACUGUUUCUAUUUCUUUGCUGAUUUGGACACGGACCAUUCUGUCGACAGCAUCAACAAGUUGUUUCAAGCAGUGUUGGCCAUACCAAACAUCGCCAAGGUCCAGUUUGCCGAGAGCAAGAAACAUCCUUUCAGUCGCGAUUGCUGGGACAGGAUGAAGCCAAUGCUUCAAGAGCUGGCCGAUCGAUCGGUUCCCUUGGAGUACGAGAGGCUAGUCCGACCAGAGCCACUUCCAGAUAUUCCCCUGACAACCAUGCGCAUCCUGGCCGUCCCUCACAAAGUGUGGUGGCGCCUUGCGCCAAACAUGCUCCCUGCUACAUUGACCUGGCUCUCAAUCUCAAGCAUGGCCUUGGAAGGCACGCUUGACCAAGGAGUGCUUCCUGCUGGUUUGAAGAUGCUCUCAAUGUUCUAUUCGGAGGAAGACGAUGCCAACCUAAACAUCAACCUAGGGUCAUUGCUACCCCCGCACCUUGAGACCCUGUGCAUUGGGAGCAGUAUCAACCAAUCGAUCCCGUGGAGUCCACUCCCGUCAUCUAUCAAGACUCUGGAGUUUGGAUCCCAAUUCGGCCGGCAGUUGGAUGGGACGUGCUUGCCGCAAUCCCUCACCAAGCUGACGAUGGACGGCCUUCCCCCCUUUCCGAUCAACUUCCCUCCGAGCCUCACUGAGCUCAAGCUCGACAGGCUAUAUUUAUAUUCAUCGGACCAAACACAUCCAAGUCAGUGGCUGCAGUGUGACCCUACCAUGUCUCCAUUCUCUCAUCUUCUUGAGUUGAACAUCAAACGUUAUCUGCAUCAUCUAGAACUUAUGUGGAUCACAUCGGCCACAUUUCCUAAGCUUCAAAGACUCUGUAUGGCCGGCGCGGUCGACUAUAGUGGGGAGGCGCAAGUCGCACGCUUGGAUCUUUCCUCGCUCCCAUCGACGCUGCGCAACCUGACAAUCCAUGUAGAUCGACCAACAACGUUUGGACUUCACGGGAUUGAGGAUCUCACUCUUGAAUGUGCCUUUAAGGAUGCCUUCAACUUGGUCGAUUCACCGCUGCCAUUGUCCCUCACGACGUUCUUCUUGAAUAGAUACAUGCACCCAGUUCUCGACCAACAAAUACCUUUGUCAGUCACAUCCCUUGGAAUAUACAAUAUCAAACAUCGGAUUGAGUGCAACACGCUGCCAGCAGGACUGCGAUCGCUUGGUUUAGCACAGAUUACACCAGAUUGCCAAAUGAAGCCUCUGCCUGGCAUCAGGUGUCGUUUGGAUCAACUGGCACAGUCCAUCAUGUGGCUGACACUUGGCACCCGAGGAGGAAAACUGGGCAGGUGUGCCAAGCUGGUGCGAAUAUCAAAGACGUUGUUCUUUGCUCAAGGGGAUGACCUGACUAACUGUGGAUUCAUUGACAUAUCAACCAUCAUGCGCUUAUCUAAUCAUUUUUGA